AUGAGACAGACUGUGAAGACCAUCUUGAACAUUGUCUUUCUGUCCACAGUUAAUUCACCUUGCAAAGUGUGCCCUGUACAAUGGCAGCUCCACAGGAACAAGUGCUACUGGACAUCAGAAGAUAUUAAAACCUGGGGUGAGAGCAAACAUGACUGUUCAACAAGGGAUUCUCAACUGCUGAUCAUCCAAGACAAGGAGGAGCUGACUUCCGUCCUGAUAUUCAGAUGUACCCUUUUCUUCCACAGAUUGCCAAAACCAAACUAUGCUGAAGGAAACUAUUGUGCUAUAAUAAAACAAAAAGUCAACUCUGAACGCUGCAGUCGUGAACUUCAGUGGAUUUGCCAGAAAGAAUCUCUCCUGCUGUGAUAUUUUAGUUUGAUAAAAUGUAAUAAUUAUGUGGGUUUUUGUUAUUUGCCAGGAACACACAAUAAAAAUGUUAUUGAUUUACUGAGAAGAUUAUGUAAAGGUAUUAUUCUGUUGUCAUCAAAAUACCUCUUUGCGAAAU